AUGGGCCAACAAUUAUUCAAAGUUCAUUUAGACAUAGAUGACAAUAUAGAAUUCAAUUCAAAUACAAUCUCAUUAAUUGCUAGUAACGAUGAUAUUAAUUUUUUAUUCUCAUCAAAAUUUUCUGAUAUAAAACUUAAUUCAACUGAAUUAAAUAAUGAUAAUCAAACAACAAAUUCACAAACAGAAUCCAUUAAAAAAAUUCGAAAUGAUUUAGGUUUAUUAACAAAAUUAGUUCAAUGGGAAAAGAUUAAUACGGAAAUCAAUGACAUACUUAUGAAUAAUGUUUUUACUUUUGUCGUUGAUCAAAAUAAAAAAGUAAUAGAAGAAAUGAAUAAUCGUUUAACAUACAAACAAUAUUUACAAACAUCUGUAAUAAAAAAACUCAAAAAUGAUAGCUAUGAAAAUUUAUCUAUUUUUUCAUAUUCAUUUACUGAUUAUUCAUCAGAUAAUACAACUACAUUUUCUUCUGAGACUGAAGAUGUACAAAAAACUAAAUAUCAAUUUACACAAUUAUCUUAUUUUGCCAUACAAUCAUUAACAUCAGUUUUAUUAAUACUAAUUAAAUCAGCUGAAAAAAAUGAUCCAAUAAUUAUACAUGAAAUAUUAACAUUAGCAUAUCAACUAUGUGAACAACUUCCAAUAAAAUGUUUGUCGUCAACAAAUAGUUUUUUAUUAAAAUCAUUAAAACCAUUGAUCGAGUAUAUAGAUAAAUUAUCUUUAAUAACAGAUCCAAUUAUUUCAAAACAAGCAAUUAAAAUUCUACUUCAUUUCUCCAUUGCAAAAGGUUCUUUUAAAGAUAUCUUAUCUAUAUUAACUAAACUAAUAUUUAAUACAACUGAUAUUUAUAAUGUUAAAAAUUUAUUUAUACAAUUAAAUAAUGGCCUUACAGAAACUCUCAAAGAAUGGGAAAAACAAAAACAUACUUCAAAUAGUGAAGAAAAAUCUGAUUCUCAUAUCGAGAAUGAUGAUAAUACAAUAUCCAAAGAAAUGACAGAAUUUAUUUCAAUUGAUUAUUUAAAAUCCAACGGUACAUAUCCUAAUAUAGAAUUAUUAAAUUUAAACGAACAAUUAUUUACUGGACAAUUUCUUUCAUCAAUUAUUUUAUCACAUAUCGAUAUUGAAAAUCAAAUUAAUUCAUUAACUAAACAAACAAAUCUUAGUUCAAUUUCAUGUGAAUUUCAUCCAAAUACAUUUAAAUAUUUAUUUAAUAUUAUUGAACAAUUAACAACAUCAUUAUUAUUAUCAUCAUCAAAUAAUACUAUUAUUCAUAUUUUAAAUAUUUGUUUACGAUUAUUUACAACACAUCUACAAAUAUUAUCUGAUAUUAAAAUUGAUAAUUAUAUUGAUUAUGAAUUAAAAAAAUGGUUUGAUUUAUUAUUAAAAUUAGUUUCUAAUGAAAAUUGUUUCGAAUUUUCAUUAUGUGAAGAAGCAUCAAAAGCUCUUAUUAAUAUUAUUCAUAUACAAAUAUUAUCAUUUGAUGAAAAAUUAUUUUUAAUGUAUAAAUAUAUUAAUGAAAAUAAAUAUUCAAUAUUAAUUAAACAAUUUUUAAUUGAAUUAAAUAAAAAUGAAAUAUUAUUCGAUUGGAUUAAUAUUUUAUGUGAUGAAAAUAAAAAAUUUUCAAUAUUACAAAUUUUAUAUUCAUUUAUUGAUUUUUCUUUUAAUAGAAAUGAUGAACAAAAAAUUUUAUUUGAACAAUUAAUAUUUAAAUUUCAACAAUUUCUAUUAUUUCGAUUAAUUGAACAAUAUGAAAAGAAAAUUUUAACUAAUAAUGAACAAUUAUCUUCUCUUAUAACAGCAUAUCUUACAUAUAUAUUUAAAUAUUGUAUUGAAAAAAUUUCUUAUACUAAUAAUUUAUUCAAUUCAAUUCUUAUUGGAUUAUGUUUAAUGACUAAAACUAAUGAAAUAUUUCUCUAUGAAUCUAUUCAAACAAUAUUUAUAUCUAUUUUACCUUUAUUAAUUGAAUAUUAUUUAAAAAAUCUAGAUAAUGAAUUCAUUUGUUUUCUUCUAGGUAGAAUGACUUAUGUUUUACUUAUGGGUUUACCAAGAAAUUCUCUAGAAAUACAAUAUAUAAAUCAAUUGAAUUCACCAAUAUUUACUGGUGGAUAUAUAACUAAUAAAAAUAAUUAUUUAUUAAAUUCUAAUUUAGCAAUUUAUAGUCAAUUUCAAUUACCAUAUGAUAUACAAGAUGAUAAAAAUUUUCUUAUGUCAAUUUAUAAUAAUAUUGAUGAUGGUGAAAAAUUAAUAAUAAAAUUAAAAAAUUUUACAAAAAAUAAACAACAACGUUUUUUACAACAAUCAAUUAUAAGUCAAGCUAAUGAUGCAUGUGCUGCUGUAUUUGCUGUUUAUAUAAAAUAUUAUCGUCAAAUAAAUCUUGCAAAAUAUGAAAUAUUACAAACAGAUCAAACUCAACCACAUAAGCAACUUUUAAGAAUUUAUGAAUAUGCAAAUCAUGUUUUAACAAUAUUUUCUACUGUUAAAGGACAAGGUGGUGAUUGUGAUGAACUUUUAAAACAAAUUAAAAUUAAAACAUUAUUUCUUUUAUUAUCAAUAAACGAAAGUAAUUUAAUACCAAUAAUUAAUGAAAAUUCAUCGUCAAUAAUCAUAGAUAAAACAAUAACAAAUAAUUUUAAAUAUCAACGACAACAAUCAAAAUGGUCAAAAGCAAAACAUGUUAUUAAAUUACUUCGACAUAUUUUUCAAGCUUGUAUUCGUUUUAAAAAAUUUAUGUUAAGAAAAAAACAAGAAAGUCAACAAAAAUAUAAUUUUGAAAAUUUAUUACAUCAAUCAAUUGAAGAUUUUCUUUAUGAAGAUUUUUAUAAAAUAUCUCUAUCGAUAAAUAACGAGGAGAAACCUAUGAAAUUAGAUGAACUUGAGAAAUGUCUAUGUCGACAACAUGAACGUGCUUUGACAAGAUUGAUUACAUAUCGAUUUAUUAAAACAUUUUUACAAACUGUUCUUAAUCUUGAAAAUAAUAAUCAAAGUUUAAAAAUUUUCUCAAUUUAUUUACCUUAUUUAAGAGAAAUGAAUUUCGAAUGGUCUUAUUUUGAUAAUAUAUCAGCAUGUAAUAAUCAAUUAAAAGAUGAAAUAAGUAAUACUUAUUAUUCAAUAAUUAAACUUAUUUUAUCUGCAUGUUUAAAAUCAAAAGAUUUAUUAGAAAAAGUUUUUUAUUUACUUAAUUUAUCAUAUGAAUCAAUUGAUCUUUAUCAUUUAUAUAAUUAUCAAUUGAUUGAAAUAUUAUUUAUAUCAUUUGUUAGUUUAAAUCAAAUCUCUGAACAUAAUAAUAUAUCAUUGAAUAUAAAAUUGAUUUCAUUUAAUUGGUUUCGAUUAUUUGUUUUUAAAUUAUGUGAAAAUACUGAAAAAUAUACAUUUAAUCAAAUAUUAGAUAAACAAGAAAAAUAUAUUUUUAAUACAUUAAUUUUAAAUGAAUUGAAAUAUUUCAAACAAAUACAAGAAACAUUAACAAUUAAUUCUGAAGAACAAAAAAAUGAUUCUCUAAAAAAUAUUUCUAUCAGUUGGUUUCUUCAAAUAAAUGAAACAAAUAAUAAUAAUAAUACAUCAAUCAUUUCAAAUAUAUAUGAAUUAGAACUUUAUAAAAAUCAAUAUUUAGUUCUUUUACUUCAAUGUAGUUAUUAUUAUAAACAUAUUUUAUCUAUUUGUGCAAAUAUUGAUUAUCUUAAAGAAUUACUCAAUAUUUAUCAUCAUAGUCAAUCUAAUCUUACACGUUUACUUACUAUCAAAUUUUUACGUUAUUUAAUUCCUUACAUAUCAGAUAAUAUUGAUGAUAUAUCAAGAAAUCUUAUUGAAGAAUUUUUAAAUGAAAUUUUAAAUUCUAUUGGUGAAAAUAAAAUUUCACAAGAAAUUCUAUCAGAAUUAAUCUAUAUGUAUCGUACAAUAAUGUCAAUUAAUUCAUUAUGGCAAAGUAUAGCAACAAAUUUUGUAAUUAAUUCUAUAAAAUUAUAUUUAAAUUUAAAAUCUAUUAAACUUAAUCAUAUUAAUGAAAUGAAUAAACUUUUAGCAUCAUUAUGUAUUUUAGGUGAAUAUAUUGAACCUUAUCGAUUAGGUUCAAUUGUAACUAUUGAUAAUGAUGAAACAUUAUUUGCAAUAAUUAUUGAAAUUAAUUCAAAUAUAAAUAAUAUAGAAACAUCUUAUUUAAUACAAUAUUUACAAACGAAUGAUAUUGAAAAUGUUUCAAUAGAUAAAUUAAAACUUGAAAUUGAUGUUUUACCACCAAAUCUAUCAAAUAUAGAUGAUAUAAUAUUUGAUAUAUUAGGUAAUUUUAUUCAAAUUGAUACAACAAUAAAUCAAUCAUUAAUAUUAUUAGAAUUAAAACGUCGUUCAAUAUCAGUUUUAUAUCAUUUAUUAAAUAAUAAAAAAUUAAUUGAAAUAUUUAUUGAUAAAUCUUAUAUAUCGACUAUUGCUCAAUUAUGUAUAUCAAAUUCAUUAGAAAAAAUUCAACAAGAACAAGAACAACAACAACAACAAUCAAUUGAUUUUGAUUUUUCAAAUAAACAAGAUUUAGAAAAAUAUUCUUUAAUUUUAGAUACAUAUAAAAAAUUAAAAUUAAUAACUAAUAAUGAAAAUAAGAAUAUAAUUGAUGAUUCAUUAUAUACAAUAUGGAAUAAUAAUGAAUUUAAUCAUGAUCAAUUAAUUAUGAAUAGUUUAUUAACACCUAUAUCAAAUACAAAUCCAUGGAAACCAUAUGUAUCUGAAAUAGAAAUGGAAUUUUUUAAAAAAGGUCGAAUUGGAAAAAAUGAAAUUUCUAUUGUUCCAAAACCAUAUUAUUUUGCUUCUUCACAAACAAUUCAAGAAUGUGGAAUUAAACAUCGAUUUCAUGGACGAUUAGCACCUGAUAAUGAUAAUACACGAGAAAAUUUUCCAACAUUUAUUAUUGAUAAUUUACAAUUAAGUGAAGGAAAAUGGUAUUAUUGUGUUCGAUUACCAGUUGGUGGAACUAUUCAAAUAGGAUGGGCAACUAAUGGUUUUGCACCUAAUAAAGAUCAUGGAGUAGGUGAUGAUAAAUAUUCAUGGUCUUAUGAUGGUUCACGAGCUGUUUUUUUCUAUGAAGAAGGAUAUUAUAAUCAAUUUAAUAAUAUUCGUUGGAAAGAUAAUGAUAUAUGUGGUUGUGGAAUUGAAAUUAAUGGUAUAAAUACAAACAUAAAAUAUUGGUUAAAUGGAAAAUUUUUAGGUACAGCUUUUACACAUGAUUCAUAUAUACCAUUAUCGACAACAAAAUGUAAUUUAUUACCAAAUGGACCUACAACAACAUAUUUUCCAAGUGUUACUGUACAAUAUGGUGGUGAACCAUUACGAUAUUGUGAAUUAAUAUUUAGUCCAGAAGAUAUGGAAGAUUGUCCAUUACCAAAUGGUUAUAAACCUUUAUUAUUACCAAAACAAAUUGAUGUAAAAAAUUGUCUUGUUAAUUAUCCUUUUAAUGCUUAUUUAAUUGGUGAAAAUGCUAAAGAUUAUUUAUAUACUACACGAAUAAAUUCAUCUAAUAUAUUUCUACGUGAUUUUAUUAAUGAACAACAUCUUGAAACAAAAUUUACUUUAGAUAAUAAUAAUCAUUAUCUUAUUUUAUCAGAAGAAAAUAAUGGUUUUCCAUUAAUAAUAAAUAAUGAUAAUAUGACAUCAUUAACAAUAAGUUUUGAUUUUCAAAUAUUAUUAUCAUCAUCAUCAUCAUCAAAUGAAAAAUCAAAUAUUUUAUUAUUUAAAUUAGAUUCAAUUGAAAUAACAUGUCAAAAAAAUGAUGAAAAAUUACAAUGUGUAAUUAUUUUUCUAGCAAAAAAAGGUUAUAUUAAAGUUUAUAUUAAUAAUAAAUGUCGAACAUUUAUAAAUGCAUUUCAACGUGAAACAAUAAGAAAAUUAAAUUUAAAUAUUUUACCAAAUAUUGCUGUUAAAAUAAAAAAUCUUGCUAUUUGGAAAUAUGCACUUAGUGAAAAUGAUAUUGAAAAUUUAUUUACUUAUAAUCUUUCUUAUAUUGCUAUUGAAUAUCAACAAAUAAAAGAAUAUCGUAAACAAGUUAAUCAAAUAUCAUUUUUAAAAAAUCAAAUAAUAUUUAUAGAUGAAUAUCUUAUACCAUUUAAUGAAUCAUUUAAAGAAGAUAUAUGGAAGAAAAAAAAAAUACAAGCAGAUAAUAAUGAAUCAAAAUAUUUUAAAACAAAUAAUAAUAUAGAUUAUUCAAUAGUUGAAUUAUUUGGUAAUCAAACAUAUCUUAUUUUAGAUAAAUCAAAUGAAGAAUGGUUUGAAUAUACAUUUAUUCUUAAUAUAUUUAUUCCUUAUUGGCCAAUUAUAAAUGAAAAAUUAACAUUAAUUAAAUUAAAUUCUAAUGUUGAAAUUUAUAUAAUAGAUAAUGGUAAAAUUUGUCUUGAAAAUAAUGAAAAUAUAUAUAAAAGUAAUUCAAUAGUUAAUCUUAAUGAAUAUUUUGAUUUAUUUAUAACUGUACAAGAAAAAUUUAUUCAAAUUUAUUUAAAUAAUAAUUUAGAAAUUGAUAUUAAAAUAAAUGAUGAUCAAUUUAAUAUUAAAUCAAAUCGAAUUGAUUUAUUUAAAGAAACUGAUUUAAGAAAAAAUACAACAAAUGAAAAUACACUUCGAAUAUCAUUAAAAUCAAUUACAUAUCUUAAUCGAUCAAUAUCAAUUGAUGAUCGAAAUUCACCAAUAUUAACUAUACCACCUUUUUUAAUUCUUGGAUCAAAUCUAUUAGCAAUGGGAUAUAAAAAAUCCUGGAUAAAAUCAGUUGUUAAAACAUAUAAAACAUCAAAUAUUGCAAUAAUUCAUAAAAUUUUAUAUGAACAAAAGGAAGAAUUUAUAAAACGAGAUAUUGAAAAUCAUCGAAAACGUUAUUUAAAAAUAUUAACACGAUUAAAUCCAUCAAUUAAUUCUCAAAUUUUCAAAGAUAUAAUUAAUUCUUCAAUAGUUCGUACUAAUGAACAAUUAAUAGAUAUUUCACAACAUAUUUUUCCAUAUUGGAUAUGUUUACAAUCAUCAAAUAUUUCUCAUAAUAAUCAUAAAAUAGAAUUUAAAUUAAAUUUUGAUAUGCAAUGGUUUUUUCAAACUUUUCAAGAUGUUAAUAUUAAAUAUAAUAAUAUCAAUGAAUGGAUUAUUGAUAAAGAAUCAACAAUAAAUAAUGAAAAUAUUCUAUAUGAAUUACUUGAUUUAAAUGAAUACGAUCAAAAACAAAUAAGAAGAAAAAAAACUCAACAAUUAAUUAAAUCUUUAGAUAAAAAUAUUUCAUCAAAACAAUUUUUACAAUCUUGUAUUGAUUGUGAACAUGGAUUAAUAACAAUCUAUGCACGUUAUAUUAUUUUUAAUAUAAUUAAAUUUUGGUUAUAUGAUCAAACAACUUUAUUUCCAUUAGAAAAAUUUGGUGAUUAUACAUUUAUUGUUAUAUUAUUAAAAUUAUUAGAUGAUAUUGAAAUAGAUAAAGAUGAAAAACAUAAUCAAAUACAUUUAUUAAUUAAUUUAAUUCUUAAAAAUGAAAUUAAAAAAUUAAUUGAAUAUAAUUCUACAAUUGACAAUAAUAUAUUAGAAAAUAAAGCACCAUUAUUUUAUCAUUUACAAAAAUAUAUAUUUAUUCAAUCGAUUGAAUUAUUAUUUAAACCAUCUUUAUUCAAUGAAAAUUUAAAUAAAAAAACAAUUAUGAAUGAACAACAACCAGAUUUUGAUUUUAUUUUAAAAAUUCUUAAUUUUUUUAUUGAAUUAAUAACAGAUAAAUCAUUAAUAAAACAAAAUCAAAUUGAUUUUAUUAUGUCAUUAAUAUUUCCUACACAAUUAAUUAAUCUGAUGUUUGAUUUAUUUUUGUUAGCUCCUACACAUCAUGCAAAAAUAGUUAUUAUUCAUCUAUUUACUAUUUUACUUCAUACAAAUGAACAUUUUAACUUAAAUAAUGAAAUUCAACAAUUUUGUAUUCAAUUAUUAAUUGAAUUAUCAUCAAAAACAAUGUCACAAAGCAAUUGUUCAACAAAAAGUCUUCGCAUAGCUUUAAUAGAUUUGAUAUUUGUUUUAUUAACAAAACAAAAAAUUCAAAAAAUUGAAUUAAAACUUCCUAAACAAAUUCAAGAUUUAUUUAUAACAAUUAAUGUUAUUAUUGCUUUGACUGAUCAAACAAAACAAACAUUAUUACCUGAAGAUUUUCUUCAACAAUCAAAUGAUAUUUUAGGUAAUAAUAUUCAAUUAAAUCAAGAUGAUUUUAAAAAAUGUAAUAAUGAUUUUAAUACAAUAUCGGAUCAAGAUCUAAUUAAUUUAAUGAAUAAUGAUCAAUCACUUAAUGAUUCAUUAUUGAAAUUUAUUGAAAAUCUUUCAAUAGAAUCUCAAUCAAAUUCAACAUUCUAUAAAAAUUCUAUAUCUUUAUCAAAUAUACCUAUUGAUUCUAUUCAAAUUCGUGCUCAAUUUUUAUAUUUAUUAAAUAAAUUUAUUGAAAAAAGUCUUUCAUUAAUUGAUUUAAGUUUAUCAACAGGACAAAAUUUUCUAACUGAUCAAUUUCAAAAAAUAAAACCUUAUUUAUUAUUUUCAAUAAAAGUUCAAUUAUUUACAGAAACUUUAGAAAAAACUCAAUCAAGAUAUGAUAGUGAUUGGAAUAUGAUUAAUUUUGAUAUACUUAAAGCUAGUACAAAUACUAACAAUAGUGAAAAUACAAUGUUCUAUCAAGCUUAUCAACAAUUACAUACAAAAGCUCAUAUAAUAUUUCGACGAUCAAAUGAACAAAUUUGGCAUGCACAAUAUAUUGGAAUGCAUAGUACUGAUCAUGGUGGAGCUUAUCGUGAUUCUCUAACUCGUAUUUGUUCUGAUAUAUGUUCAUUACGAUUAUCAUUAUUUAUUUUAUGUCCAAAUGGACGUACAAAUAUUGGUUUAAAUCGUGAUUGUUGGAUUCCAAAUGUAUUUUCACCAAAUAAAUCUAUACCAAAUAAAUAUAAACGACAAUAUCGUUUUAUUGGACAAUUAUUUGGUAUGGCUAUAAGAAAAAAACAUUAUUUAAAUAUUAAAUUUCCUAUUUUAUUAUGGAAAAAAUUAUUAAAUGAAUUAAUAACUAUUGAAGAUAUUCAAGCUAUUGAUUUACAAAGUUUUACAAUUAUAAAUGAAACAGAAAAAAAUAUUGAACAAAUUAAAUUAACUGAUAAUGAUAAUGAUAUUAAUUCUUUAUUUAGUAGUAUUAUGAGUGAAUUACGAUUUGAUGUUGUUAGUUCAUCUGGAGAAACCUAUGAACUUAUUCCUAAUGGUUCAAAUAUAUCAAUUACAAUUGAAAAUUUUAAAUAUUAUUGUUCUUGUUAUCGACAAUAUCGUCUUAAUGAAUUUAAUCGACAAAUUAAUUAUAUUCAACAAGGUUUAUAUAGUAUUAUUCCAUAUUAUUAUUUAAAUUUAUUUACUGCUAAAGAACUUGAAGAAGCUGUAUGUGGAAAAGAUCAAAUUGAUAUAGAACUUUUAAAACGAAAUACUUUAUAUGGUGGUGAUUAUAAUAAAAAUUCACCACCGAUUGAACGUUUUUGGAUUGUUCUUAAUGAAAUGUUUAAUAAUGAUCAAAAGAAUUUAUUUUUAAUAUUCGUUUGGGGUAGAAGUACAUUACCUAUUCGAGAUGAAGAUUUUCAAUCGAAAUUUCUUAUUACCUCGUAUGAUGUUUAUCAAGGUGAAGUCGAUCAAGCACUUCCACGAUCACAUACAUGUUUUUUUACUCUUGAUUUACCCGCUUAUUCAACGACUGAUAUUAUGUAUGAGCGUUUAAAUUAUGCUAUUACUUGUUGCUCAAGUAUAGAUGGUGAUGGUACUGUUAACAAUGCAUUUAAUGACGAUGGUUUUGAUUCUGAUGAUGGUAGUGAUGAUGAAUAA